GCGAAUGGUUGCUUUCUCUAGGGUGCUGUGGGCAAGCUAUGCCAUGGCCUCGGCUGCCUUCUGCACCUGCCUGACCAGCCUGACCUGCCAGAGCAUCAUACUCUAGAGCUGCAGGAGAGCCUGGUGUCCCUGUUGGUGCUCUUCUGUCGGCGCAGCCUUAGUGCCCAGGACCUCGUGGCUUACAUGGGUCUGCUCAAAGGAACUCAGUCAGCGUUUGGCCCUAUACUGAAAGGUCUUCUGGCCCUCGCCAACUGCGGAGAUCGUGGGCCGCAGUGCUGGCUGCAGUUCCCACCACUGGCAGCAGACGACGAUGAGGUCAUGCUCUUGCCCACACCACAACAGGAUGAAGAAGAAGAAGAAGAAAGAAGCAGGCAGUUGGCCGAUCUCCCCGCAUGGAGGGGCAUCUAACCAGGCUGUGUUGGUGUUGCCGUUGGAAGAUCAUGGCGGCUGGUGUCCUCGUCGAGAAGGCUUCUCUCUGGCCUUCUGGCUUGCCCUGCGCUGGAGCUCGGUCCUUGGCCACGAAGGCAGCUCCCGACUGCACCUGGUGUCCCUGGGCUGUGGCCCGUUCCUGUGCGAGCUGUGGGCUGAGGACGUGGAGAAGGGCACGGUGUCCCUGUGGCUGACGCAGGAUGGCGCCAGCGUAGCAGAGAGUGCCGCCUGCAAUGCUGCCUCCCAAUGCAGCUUCGAGAGGGUGCUGGCGGGCCAUGGUUGGCACCACUUCGCCCUCGCCUACCACGAACAUGUGCCGCGAAGCACUCAUGAGACGGGCUGUUAUGCUUCGGUGACAUUAACAGUCGACGGUCGUCACAGUCGUUCCUGGCACCUGCCCCUGGAAGGACAGGGUGGUGACAGUUGCUUGCAUCAGCCGGGGACGAUGCUUCUGAUUGGCCAGAGCGCAGGCACCGGCACGUCCGUGGCUCUGGUCGGCGUGGUUGGUGUGUCGUGGAGCCUGGGAAACCUGCUCCUCUUCCGAUGGUGUUUGUGCAGUGCUGGUGCCGACGGAUUCAAUAAACGGUUUCUGUUAACUCAGGGCAUUACUGUGUUUUUGCAUGCGUCGCUCGGUAGCUUCUUGCGGCCUGAGCUCGCGCGCAUCGGUGCUGGAGGCUCUUGCCUUGGGUCAGCCGAAUGCCUAGCUCUCUACUCGAGAGGUGCUGAUGCAGUCGUGCCCACUUCCUGCCUCCUGAGCGAAGAUGAAGAGUCGGCUAGAGUCGACAUCAGCCCUGGACUGGUGCGCAAGGGUUCCCUCAAGAAGAAGUGGCUUGGGCCCAGCAAAUUCCGGGAAGUGCUGGCUGCGUUGGAGGAUGAGCUCAUGGUGUGGUUCUCACCUCAAAGGAGUGACUCCUUUGUCAGUUAUCCACACAGCUCGCAGGCCUUUUCAUCAUUCCUGGCUGCAUCCAAGAAGCGCAAGCGAAGCGGACUUCCGCAGUCCAAGGCAGCGCAACGGCUCUCGCCUGUCCAACUGCAAUGGCAAAGGCAGCUCCAUCAUGCAGCAGCCAGCCUUGGAGGCCCCGGUCUUUUCCUGUUCCUUCUGGCUAGGGUAGUGGAGUGCACAACAGAAGACGGCCCCCAGGCAGCUGCUCUGGAGUUGGCCCUGGGCAUGCUGGGGCAGCCUAGUGCGACCUGGGGCACACCCAGAAUCCUGGUGGGUGCAAGUGAGGCGCUCAAUCUUCUGGGGCAGCUGGUCGAGAAUCAACGAUGGGCGGCCGAUUCACCACGCUGCCUCCUGGCAGCGGUGAACGCGUGCAGCAGCCGUCCCCUGCUGCAGUGGGAUGGGGAAGGCAGCGUGGAGGCAGUACGACACCCGACGGGCCAGGAGCCACUGCUUGUGUGGCCCCAGCUGGCUGGCACGCUCCUCGAGCACUGGCGGCCGGGACCUGGGCGGCGACGCCUCCUGGGUGCCAUGUGGGCACUGCUGCGCGAGCGUCACCCGCACCGGGAGCACAACCUGGCACAGGCGGCGCCCCUGCUGGGUUCCCUGCUGGUCGCACUCAGGCGCCUGCUUGUGGAUGAGAGUCAGGGGAGCCUGGGACCCCCUGGCACCCUGCCACUGGUCCUCAAGCUCCUAGGCGCUCUGGUACCAGCAGCUGGGGAAUUGGCGCAGCGGUUCAGUGCAUGCCUCGACCUGUUACUGCUGCUUCACCGCGCUGCCAAUGCCCAUGUGGCCCAGGGACGCUCCGCCUUCUACUCCUUGCCUCCGCAAGACUGUGCUCCAACUUUUGCAGGUUUUUCUAUCGUGGAGACCAGUCGCACAGCUCCGUCAUCGCUUGCAUCGAGUCCACUAUCGGGAAGCUUUGGCCAUUUACUUGGGAUGGUCUCGCGGUCAGCACCAAAUGAGGGAAUCAGGAAAGUCAAAGAACCUGGUAAGACUUACUUGCUAUGAUUGGCUCCUAAACUAUUAGAACACUGACUACUGUGCCGGUGCUGUUGUCAGGGUAUAGUUUUUCUUCUGGAGCAACAGAAUCGGCAUUCAAGAGGUAAUGCUUGUUGUAUGCUAGAUAAUUGAAAUAAUAGUCUAGGUUUCAGGUCAGAAGAAAUCUGCUCUAAUGUCUAUGCACUUGUUCUUAUUUGAUGCAUGUGAAUGCCUCUGUAGUGCAUUGUUCCCAACUUAGUGAAUGAAGCAGCAGAUAUAGUUGCCCCUU